UUGACUUCCUCCAUUCCUCGCUUCACUCAUCGCUUUCAGCGUGCCUCUUUCUCUUCGAGGUCCCUUGACUUCAUUCUUCUGCACCUUCCAGCCGUUGUCAUCUCAUUCAGCCAUCAUCUCUACCACAUCAUGUUCUGGAGGAAGCAUCACGACGACACGCCCGAGGAGGUCCAAGAGCCCACUCCUCGCACGAAGCUUCAUCCCCAGCUACAAAAGCUGGCCGACCGCGAUGAUAGCUUCUACGAUGACAUCUAUUCCUCCUACUCGGUCGAUUCCACCGAAACCCCCUACCGCUAUGCCGGGUACGCUAAUCGUCUCCGCACUCUCCUCCUCUCCGCCCACCGCUAUGUCGCCUAUACCUCCGACAUUGGCGAGUCCUUCCGCCCGGUCGCCCAUCCCUGGCUCGUCCGAUCAGCCUACGGUAUCUCCUGGACUUAUCUGAUCGGCGACGUCGCCCACGAGGGCUACAAGGCCUACCUGCGCAACCGCCGUGUCCUAGCCCCUCCCUGCGAGGCCUACAAGGAUGCCAGCGACCUGACCAACGACAAAAUCGCGAAGGGCAUGGUAACCGGCAACAUCAGCGGCUCCCUCACAGGCGGCGACACGCUCAUGCCUUGGCCCAGCACCCAAGUGCCGCUGGCCGAGGACUACCGCAUGGUAAUGGCCCAGCGAGCCGUCUUCCAGGGCAUCGCCAGUAUGGGUCUUCCGGCUUUUACCAUCCACUCCGUAGUCAAAUAUUCCGGCCGGAUGUUGAAGAAUUCCAAAGGCGUUUUCCUCCGCACUUGGGUGCCGAUCGGGCUCGGUCUCUCCGUCGUUCCCUUCCUCCCAUACAUCUUCGACGAACCCGUCGAAGAAGCCGUCGAAUGGGCGUUCCAUACCGGAAUCCGGGCCUACGCCGGCGAAGACGCCGUCCGUCCCCUACCUCGUACCGUACGGGUCCCUCACGACGAGGCCACCUCUCUGAGCCACUUCCUCAAGGUACAGGACGAAAAGAACAACCACGAAGCCAUGGACUCCGACGCCAACGUCGCUGCUGCUGCCGCCAACCUAUCCUGGGAAGAAUACAAGGAGGAACGACGUCUGGCCAAGGAACACCGGAAGCACGAGCGUGAACAACGAGGCGAGACCGGCCCUCUAGCUCUGCUCGGCCUGAGCUCGCAUUCGAAAGAAAAGAAAGACUGAUUAGAACACACUUCCCCCCCCAAUACUCUUCUUCAGUGAGAGGGGAUCAGACAUCUACCUUUCUACAUUCUGUACUGUAUAUACUUAUCCCUUAGCGGUCUGUUCUUUUCUCUCGGCUCUUGGUUCUUUGUCGUUCAGCCAGGCAUUAUCAUCAUCAUCAUCAUCAUCAUCACCACCAUCAUCAUAAUCUUCAUUCUCAUACGGUUGUUAGCUCAGGGCUUGAUUCAAAAUUUCGCCUGGCGCCAUGAAAGCAGUCCCGGCCACCCCAAAAAGGACAAUCAUCUAAUACUAGUACGGAGUAAGACAAUCAAACUAGUGAAGAACAAUUUACGCAAAUUCACCUCAUUGGAACAUUUCAUUCAGC